AUGUUUAUGCUGGAUUAUGACCUGAGGGCAUACGAACCUGUGGACGUUGGCUGGCUCUGUUUGGUUCCUCCGCUACUAACCAUGGUGGUAGCUUUGCUAACGAAGGAGGUAGUCAUUUCUCUACUCUUGGGUGUGGUGGUGGCGGUUCUCAUAUAUAUAAUAAAAUCUCAUUUAUCCUUUGUACAGAUGUUCCAGGUUUUUUUCUCCAUUCUGAUGUCUAGGGCAGCUUCCAACAUGGCGAUUUGCUUGUUUACCUUUUUAAUGGGAUCUCUGGUUAAGCUGAUGGAAAAAUCGGGAGGAACGAAGGCAUUCUGCAAUUGGUUCUCGAAGUUUAUCAAGGGUAGAAAGACUACUCUGAUGAUUGGCGUAUUUGUCUCAUCGUUUCUCUUCUUGGACGACUACUUUAACAUCAUCACCACCAGCACGAUCAUGCACGCAAUCUUUGACCGGAACAACAUAUCGAAACCGAAGGCCGCCUAUCAGAUCCACACAAUGGCAAGCAAUCUGUGCAUUUUGUCCCCUAUCAGCAGUUGGGCAGCGGUUAUCGUAGCGCAGAUCGAGGAUUGCGGAAUUAAAGAUGCGUUCUCUGUAUUUUCCAGCUCUCUCAUCUUGAACACUUACCCCAUCUGCUGCAUUUUGGGAAUCUUCUUCUUCAAUCUAACAGGAAUCGAAGUCGGGGGCAUGCAAGAGUACGAAGACAAAGCCAAGCUUGCAUCUUCGACGCAAGAAGAGCUGCUCUCAUCCAGCGAGUCAGAAAACAUCGGCCAUUCUUACGAUCUCAUCCUUCCCGUCUUCUCCCUCAUUGUUUCCACUGUUUUGUACAUUUUCUAUCUGGGAGGCGGCUUCCACGGACACAAAUCCAUCCAGCAGGUCUUCACGGACUCCGACUCGGCCACCGCGCUCCUCUACGCCUCCUUCACCGCGAUUUUAAUCGCCUUUCUCCUCUACAUCCCGCGCCGCGUCAUGACCUUCCGCGUCUUCGUAGAAGAAGCCAAAGAAGGCAUGAAAGUGAUGCUGGACACGCUCAUCAUCCUCGUACUGGCGUGGACUGUGGGCGGCGUCGACAGCACGCUGCUCCAAACCGGCGAUUACAUCGGAAAUCUCAUCACGCGCUGCCAUCUCCCCUUCUGGAUCAUCCCCUCCGUGGUGUUUCUCGUGGGGGCUCUGCUCACCUUCUCGCUGGGAACCACGUGGGCGGGUUUCUCGGUGCUGAUCCCCAUCGUGGUGAGCAUUUGCACCAAGACAGACCGCACAUUACUGGUGCCUUGCAUCUCUGCGUGUUUAUGCGGGUCUGUGUUCGGGGAUAACAUAUCUCCGAUCUGUGAUAACACGAUUUUGGUGAGUUCCUGCGUGGACUGCAACUUCAUUUUGCAUGUCAAGACGGAGGCGGUGUAUGCGGUCACGAUGGCGAUUAUUGCGUUUAUCGGAUAUCUAAUCGUCGGAUUCACAGGAGGCAACGUGUGGCUUUCUGUGGGCAUCCCGGUGUUCUUGGAAGCGGUGGUUCUUGGCAGUGUUGCCUUGCUGAAGAGAAUUCGCGUCAUUCGGCUGAACCGAAAUGCGGAAAAUACAACUCCCAAGGAGGGCGAUCUCGUUCUGCAACUAAACGGGGUGUAA